AUGGCGAGUGUCCAUGAAAGUUUGUAUUUCAACCCCAUGAUGACCAACGGGGUGGUGCACGCUAAUGUGUUCGGCAUUAAAGACUGGGUGUCUCCGUAUAAGAUCUCCGUGCUGGCGCUGCUCUAUGAGAUGUCCUCUUCUAAGAUCACCCUGCCGGAGAGGAGGCGGCUCAACAAGCUCAUCCUGCCCCUCCAGCAGGGUCCGGACCUGACUCUCGAUCAGUUCCUGAAGACCGUGGAGGAGUGUUGUCCUCAGACCGCAUAUGCAGUUAAGCUCAGGCUGCAUGAAAUGGCAGACGGAGAGCUGAAAGAUAUGGAGUACUUUUUCUCCACCCUCCCCACUCCAUUCACCGCUUUUGAUUCGGAGGCUUAUAAAACCAGCGUUGUGGGACUUUUUAUGAGGCACAUGCUGCUGGCGUACAACAAGCUGUCUUUCAGUCAGGUUUACAAGCUGUACAAGUCCCUGCAGCACUAUUAUCACAGUCACUUCUCCAAGCCCGGCGACAGUUUGCCCGCGCUGGCUGCAGAUGACUCGGACAUGGACCUCACCAGCACUGAGGACACUGUCGGGGACAGGGCGGACGCCCCGCUGCUUGAGUCCGAGCUUCGAUCUGACAAUGCGCCAAGCAGGGGGCCCCUCUCUCAAAAGCAAGCUGAGUAUUUUCUUGCAAGACAGGCUUAUCUUCUGAAGAACGAUGAGAACAAAGCCCUAAAGCCGGCGGCGCUGCAGGAAGAGCUCAACAACAUGCUGAAGUUCAACCCGGACUUUGCAGAAGCGCAUUACCUGAACUACCUGAACAGCAUGAGGGUCCAGGACAUCUUCCUCUCCGCUCACAGCCUCCUGCAUUACUUCGACCGCCUCAUCCUGUCCGGCAACGAGGGGAAGAGCAACGGAGACGAGGGCUACGGCCGAAGUCUCCGCUACGCUGCUCUGAACUUGGCCAGCCUGCACUGCCGCUUCGGCCACUAUCAGCAGGCCGAUCUGGCUCUACAGGAAGCCAUCCGCAUCGCCCAGGAGUCCAACGACCACGUGUGCCUGCAGCACUGUCUGAGCUGGCUCUACACGCUGGAACAGAUGAAAGGCUCCGAAAGCACGGUGUUGACUCAGGAUUCAGUGAAAAUGGCCGCUCAUUUCUGCCUGCCGUACCUGGGAUCGCUGGACAUUCAGUCUCUGGUCCAGCAGGGGGCGAUGCAGGGUAAGGCUGCACACAAGCUGAUGGACGCGCUGAAGGACACGGAGAUCCUGCACUGGAAGCACAGUCUGUCGGAGCUGAUCGAGAUCAGCCUGGCUCAGACCACGUCCAUAUGGAGGAUGUACGGAAAGAGCACCAUGGCGCUGCAGCAGGCCCAGCUUCUUCUCAACAUGAGCAGCCUGGAGCCGGUUAACUUUGGGGUCCACCAGAACAACACGGAGGCCUUCGCUGUGGCUCUGUGCCACCUGGCCGAGCUGCACGCUGAACAGGGCCUGUACAAUGCAACGUCAGAGAUCUUCCAGCAUCUGAAAGAUCAGUUUCCUCCUCACACACAACAUUCAAAGCUCUGGAUGCUUUGUGACCUGAAAAUCCAGUUUGAGAGGCACAUGAACAACAGGAAGUAUCAUGUAGCCGAGCCGCUGGUAAAGGCCAUGUCUGCUUUAAACAAAACAGAGGGACUGUACAGGAAAGCAAUUGUUCUGAAAGCGCUGAACCGCAGCACAGAGGCAUACAGCAUCCUACAGCAGCUGCAGGCUCACUGUGAGAAGACCAAAUGCACAGAGAUAAUCAUCAGAGUGAUGCUGUCCACCGCUGAGCUUCACUGGGAGUCGUCCAGCUUCUCCACAGCUCUUCCUCUCCUCCUGCAGGCCUUGGCUCUGGCCAGGCAGCACCACCUACAGUCCCUGGCCUCAGAGACCAUCCUUCAUCUGGCCUUCACUCAGCUGAUGCUGGGCAUCCCUGAGCAGGCUCUGAGUGUUCUCCAUGAAGCCAUGGAGCCCCUCCUGGCCCACGGAGCCGUCAUGGACAAAGGCCGCGCCAUGCUGCUGGCCGCUCGCUGUCACAUGGCUGUUGCUGGGUUCAGGCUCAAAGGACGAGGACCUCUAGAUGUGCAUUCUGCAGCUUUGGCUGCCGACAGUCUCAAUGAGGCCGCGUCCUAUUUCUCCAAGCUGAACUGUAAGGAGCGUCUUCGGGACGUCCACUACCUCCAGGCGCAGCUCUACCACUCCCUGGGGCAGACGUCACAGAGCAACAAAAGCGCCAUGAACUUCAGGCUGCUGGACCAGGAGCUGCAGUCCCCAGCACCCCCGGUCUUCCUGCAGCUCUAACGGAUGUUCUCUUCACAAUACCGGCAGACCUGCUAAAUUAUCUCAUGAGGGGAUGCAUCUGACUGCAGUCGCUGCGCCUCACCAUUAAGUUGAGCUGAAGCAGUGUCCGGAUUUUUCUCAGCACAAAAACAUCUCAUCUGAAAUAAUUUGCAUAGUAGGUUGUCAAAGAACAUGCAGAACACAAGGUCACAGUUUAUAUUUCAGCAAAACAGUGCCAAGAGUCAUAAAUAAAGAGAAGUAAGCACGGC